GAGCUUAUUUUUUAAAGAUCUUACUUCGACCACUCUACGAGUGGAUGACAUGGAAAGAUUAGAGGCAGACAUCCCGCAAAUCUUGUGUAAGUUAGAACGUAUAUUUCCCCCUGGGUUCUUUGACUCAAUGGAACAUUUGCCUGUGCACCUGCCAUAUGAAGCAAAGAUUGCUGGACCUGUACAAUAUCGAUGGAUGUAUCCUUUUGAAAGGUAAAUUUGAAACUUUAUGUUCAAAUUGUGACAAGUAUGCUAAACAUAACUUUUCUAAUAUAACGGUCCAUCCAUUUAUGUAUUUAGGUACCUCGGAACUCUUAAAAGAAUGAUUGGGAAUAAAGCUAGUGUUGAGGGUUCCAUUUGUGAAGCAUACUUGAUGAAGGAGUCAACACAUUUGUUUUCUCAUUAUUUUGAACCUCAUGUCAUGACACGUAAUCACGAUGUGGACCGUAAUGAUGAUGGUGGUGCUUGUAGAAGAUCUUGAAGGAAAUUUAUCAAUAUUCACCCAUCCCGGUCGACUAUGGGGAGAAGCAAAAAAGAGGAAUUUAUCCCUUGAAGAAAUCAAGGCUGCCCAAACUUACAUUUUACUAAAUUGUAAAGAGGUUGAACCGUUUGUGAGUAUGUAUGUGCAACGUCUGCAAGGAGAAUUCCCGAAUCUAUCUCAAGGUCAAAUAGAUGAGAGCCUUGAAGCAUAUUUCUCUAUAUGGUUCAAGGAAUAUGUCCGCUGCAACCAUAUUGAGAAUAAAUUCUUGCGUAGUCUUGCUCAUGGACCACUAAUAGGCGCUACAUGUCAUUCUGUGUAUUUUACUAAUGGAUACAAAUUUCACACAGACAGUCAUGGUAGCGCAAGAUCAACAAUGAACAAAGGAGUUUGUAUCUCGGAUCCAAAUUUUGGUGAUUACUAUGGACGGAUAAAAGAGAUUAUACAAGUGGAAUUUCGUGAAGAUCCUUUAAAGCAACUGUGUUAUUCAACUCAUAAUCAGUACAAAUUGGUUGAUGUUAAUCAUCGUCGCCGAUAUAAAAAAUAUGAACCUUUUAUUCUUGCGAUGCAAGCAACUCAAGUGUGUUAUGUGUCGUAUCCUAGCAAGAAAAAGGAUAAGGAUGAUUGGUCGCCGUGUUGA